UUCCCACAGCACACACUUGGUGGUUGAGUCCGGCUCUCGGAGUUUAUUCAGACAGCGAACGUCGUCGAGAGCACACGUAUUCCGUUUUCCGAGCGCGUCGAUCGCUUCAUAAAUCAGAAACAAAGUAGAAAGUUACAGCGAGUGUGUGAGUGUUUUGAGACAGCGUUCCCGAUGCGGCGCUUAGUGUGACAAACCAAAUACAGAGUUUCAAGAUAAGCCUGGAACAGGACUUCCUAAAGGAUUACAAACAAAAGAAAAAAACAAGAAAAUAUCGAAAACGCGUUCAAUUGAAAAAGCCGCCAACAUAGCCGAGUUAGUAGCCGCCCCGCCCACCGCCAACAAAACGCGCGUAUUUAUGACUAAGAUGAUUCCGCCGGUGCCCACCGCUGCAGCCGUCAUGAUGCCCACGCCCAAGCAGAAGAUCGGCUUCAGCAUCGAGUCCAUUGUGGGCAACGAUGCGGUCAGCAAUGCCGCCGGCAACUCGACCCCGGACAACGGGCAGCAGAGUCCGCCACCGUCGGAGAGGAAUGGGCCCGGCUCCCCGCCCCAGACUCCGCCGACCUCGCUGACCCUCAUCCCCGGAUCUCCACCACACCACCUGAUGGCCCCGCCAGCCCACCACCACCUCCACCCACAUCCGCAUGCCGUGCCGGCUCCUCAUCCGCAUCCGCAUCUCUCGCCCGCCCAGCAGCAUGUCCUCCACCAGCACAUCCUGAUGCAGCAACAACAUCAGCAGCAGCACGGAACCCCCAAGAGCCACCAGGACAUCCAGGAGUUGCUCCAGCGCCUGCACCACAACGCCGCCGUGGCCAGUGGUAUGAGUCCUCUGCAGACGAGGCUCUCCCCGGACAACGAUGCCUCGCCCGUUGCUGUUUCCCUGAAGCGGGAGCGAUCUCCAGCCCCCCCUGCCAUGGAACAGGCGGAGAAUCCCGCCCAGCGCAUCCAGCCGCCACAUACGCCGCCGAAAUCAGUUUCCCCGCAGUCUUCGCAGCCCUCCUCGUCACCCACUUUGCUGGUCAGCAGUCCCCAUGCCACGCCUCCUCAGCAACAACAGCCGCCCAACUAUCCCAAGCCGACAGUAAUGCAUCCGGCGGGAGCUGGUCCAAUGAUGAUGCCCGGUAUGCCGCCAGCGGGCUUGGUGCGACCCUUCCCCGUGGGACCCGGAGGACCGCCGAUGCCGCAGGGACAGCCCGGCUUGCCGGACAUCAAGGCGCUGCCACCGUACAUCAAUGCGCCGCCAGAGCUGCCGCCCCAGCACAACCCCCACUUGAUCGCCGCCGCCCAGUUCCAGAUGGCCGCUGCUCUGCAAGCCGGCCACGUCCUGGGUCCUGCUGCAGCGGCCGCUGCUGCUGCCGGACUGCCGCCACAUGCCGCUCCCUUCAUGCCCAAUCCGGGCAUGCCCAGGGAAAGCUACCAGUUGUACCCCUGGCUGCUCAGCCGCCAUGGAAGGAUCUUCCCACAUCGGUUCCCAGGAAGUUUCUUGGUACCGCCGUUCCGCAAGCCCAAACGCAUUCGUACCGCCUUCUCGCCGUCGCAGCUCCUGAAGCUGGAGCACGCCUUCGAGAGCAACCAGUACGUGGUGGGGGCCGAGCGCAAGGCCCUGGCCCAGUCCCUCAAUCUGUCCGAGACGCAGGUGAAGGUGUGGUUCCAGAACCGCCGCACCAAGCACAAACGGAUGCAGCAGGAAGAUGAGAAGGGAGGCAGCGGGGGAUCCGAACGCAAUCUGCACAAUGGUAGCGGAGACGAGGACGAUGACGAGCUGAUCGACAUGGAGAUGGACGACUGCCCCAGCGAUGAGGAACACGAGCUGGACGCCAGCCACUAAAAAUUCACUAAAAAUAAUGAAAAUCAAAGAUCCCUGCUGCGAUCGGUGGCGGUCCGUGAGUUCCUUACCCAGCCAAGUGAUGGGGUCCAGUUCCAGUUCCAGUUCCAGUUACGUCGGCUCCCAGACGAGCUACCGCGAAAGUAACAUAGUUUGUUUUGUUGUGAUAUAUUCUUAAAUAGUGCAAGCAGCGUUAGGCUAACUGUACAUAGCAGGCGUGCAGCCCAUCAUAGGAAAGUAUUAGAGACCAUCCUGUCCUGUCCAUAGACACUCCACCCCCCCCACUCUCCCAUCUCUCAAGAUCCGUGCCAAAUCCUUGCGAAGACCAGAGGUUGAGUAGAGCUCAAGUAAUCCAGUUGUUUCCUCCUCUUCGAAGCGUUUCUUUUUCCAAAAAUUCUCUCCAAACCAACAAAAACAUUGAAAUUAAAAAAACAAAAGAACCCUAGGCUAGACACCAACUAUAACUGUACAAAUUUAAUGAUUUAAGCGUGUAAAUAUUCAUGAAGAACAUUACUUUUAAUUAGUGAAUUCCUGCAGAACAAAUUGUACUCCAACUGUUGCUUAAUUCCUUUGUAUAUUGUAUGACGAUCUAGCAUUUAUUUAUGUUUAGUUCUAAGCACGAACCUCUUGAGUCGCUCAACAGCAGCUGGAUAUUAUUUAAACCCGUUUAAUAUAGCCCUAGUUGCUAGUACUUACUAUCUAAGAAAAGAAGUGUAUUCUUAAGAGAUAUAUUAAAAUAUUAUUAUAUAAAAUAUAAAAUAUUCAUAAUGAAAAGAAAUA